AUGGCUGCCGCUCUCCUCCCCCGACUCUCCUCUACGCCCCUGCUCUCAGCGGUAUUUUUCCGACAGUUCACCCAGAAGCUUUUCCCGACAUUGUCAAUUGCGAUCCCCGGUGUCUCUUUAAACCUCCCCACCAUUGACGAUAUCUGGGAAUCUGUGCUACGAGCUGUACCCAAGAACAAAGUCUCUCACUCAAGGAAGCGACACAGGCAAAUGGCGGGCAAGGCGCUCAAGGACCAAAAUGGCCUGUGUAAGUGUCCUGGAUGUGGUCAGCCCAAGCGUACACAUCGGUUAUGCCAACAUUGUCUUGAAGAAAUGAAGCAAAUGUGGCGACAGGAUUACCCCAAUAACAGGCCAGAAUAA